GGUCACAACAAAUCUAUCAAAAUGCCAAUGUUACAUUUCUCAUAAUCUUCAUAUCAGGUAGGUUAGUUAAGGUAGUUGUGCUUUUAAACCAACUUUGAAGCCACCUAUUAUUAUUUUCCCUCCACUUGUCUUCUUGAUUCUCUCUAUCUAUAAAAUUCCUUUUCUCAUUCACUCUCAACCAUCAAACUCACAAACUCAGUUUUCUUCUUUACUCUUAAACACCACAAAUUCUCUCUACUCAAAUUUCAUAGCAGACCAACAAGCCAAAACUCUGUAACAUGGAGCAUUUUGUGUCUCUAUGCUGCCUAACUGUGGUAUUAGCCAUGGUUGCACCAGCCUACGGCCAGAUCACGACGCCGUGUAACAUAUCAAUGGUAACUAGUUCCAUCAGCCCUUGCAUGAGUUUCCUCACAAAUAGCAGUGGCAAUGGCACCUCUCCAACUGCUGAUUGCUGCAAUUCAAUCAAGUCCCUCACAAGUGGGAGCAAGGAUUGUUUGUGCCUUGUUGUCACUGGCAAUGUUCCUUUUACAUUACCAAUCAACAGAACCUUAGCUAUCUCUCUUCCUCGUGCUUGUAACUUGCCUGGUGUUCCACUUCAAUGCAAAACCUCAGGUUCACCACUUCCUGCUCCAGGACCAGCGUCUCUCGGGCCAUCUCUUUCCCCUGCAUCUACCCCAUCUGCUCCAUCUCUUAGCCCUCAAGCUUCUUCUAUACUCCCCACGCCAGUUACACCUUCUCUGCCACCACAGCCUGAGACAGCCACUCCAUCAGUGAAUGCUGAUUCUCCGUCCCCAACAUCGGAAAGGGGCCGCUCUGAUCUCACUCCAUCAUCUGCUGGCUCACCAACUUACAGUCUCCUACCAUCUGUUGUGAUCAUUCUCUUUGGAUUUGCUGUUUUUAAACACUACUAGCUUGCUUUGUUUGACAUCAAUAGUUUGUUCUUUCAAAGUUUGACACAGUGUGGGGUGGUAUUCAUCAAAUCCAAACACAUUUAUAUUGCUAUUAUGUAAUUUAUGUGUAAGGCUUCCAUUGAAAAUUAGUUAAUGUUGUUUUAUUCAGCCACAACAA